AUGGCUGAUGUAAAUAAAAUACUGAAACUUGAUAGAGUGUACACGAAUUUGGAUUAUUUGAAAAUAACGUUACCCAGUGAUCCAGAUUGGCAGUUGAGUACUUAUAAAAAAUUGGUAGAAAAACAAAGAGACAUGAGCAAGCAAGAAAAUGUGGUUGAUGAUCCAGUUUCAAUGGUGUCGUCCUUAAAAGUUGGGUAUUUAUUUGAAACUGCAUUUCAUACAUCGCCAAAAGAAACUGACCAAUUAUUGGAUGAGGAUUACCUAUUGGAAUUUGAAAAGGAAAUAGUUGUUGAGGAAUUCGACCGAAAUACUGAGCUUUGGACAAAUCGCGAGGUGGUGCUUGCGGCUAAAGUUUUAAGUGCAGAAAAUCCUAAGAAACAUGGUAUAAAAUUUGCUUCUGAUAACCAGAUGAGAAGAGUGUAUGACAUAAUAUUUGAAGUGUUUAGAUAUAGAUCGAUUAUCAACGAAAUUCUAAAUAAUAUAGAUUUUGAAAAAAUCUAUCCAAAUUAUUCUAAGAUGACACUUCUUGUAUGGUUGAUGUCUUUUGAUUACUACCGGAAUAAAUUUAAACCAAGACAAUUAGAUGAAAAGGAGAUAUUGAGUUUCAAGACAUUAAAGUUGAUUGAAAUAGCUGACAUUCUAAAAGAGAUAAAAAUCCAAUUAGCCGCAUCUUUUUCGAAAUUUAGAAUAAAACAUUGCGCCUUAUCAUUGUCUGAUAUGUUGCCAAGACAUUUACGUAAUGAGCGAUUCAAAAAAUCUUCGGAAACUGUAAUUAGUUGUUGGAUAAACACAUUUUUGACCAGCACAGAGAACGUUUUAUCUGUAUUAAGUAAAUCAGGACUAACUCAAAUGAAGAACUUUGAAGAUUUAAUUCCCGAAACAUUUAAAAUGGAUCAUUUAUUGCCUUAUUUUAUACAUAUUUAUCCGAAAGAAAAAUCGGAGUUUUUAAAAAAAAUACCAUUGUUCCAGAAACAUUUAUUGAUUUUACAGGUGUAA